AUGGAUCAGCUAUGUGCAGUCUUGAAGUUGGCCAUUGCGUCUGAUGCCACUUCAUCUUCGCAAAUUCGCUUGUUUAGAGAAGCUGACUAUUUCUUUACUGCUCUUGGCACUGAACGAUCUGUACGGACUGUUGCUCUGGUGUUUAUUCAAUUAGCAUGUUCAACAGCAACUUUGUCCCAAAAAGACCAGAUUGAUGCUAGAAUGCAGCAGAUAUGGCUGCAGGUGAUAAAUGAUUGUUUCCAUAGUGACAAUGAUCAGUUGGCUUCAAGAUCCCGAGUUACUAGUGCUCCCAAGUUUGCUGGUUUAUUGAUCUCGCUGUUGGAAUCUUCACAAUUGAGAGAACAGCUCGUCUUGAAUAAUAUAGAGGCGAUUUUAACUCGAUUAUUGAGUGAUUUGAAUGAAACUCAUCAACUGAUUCGAGAGGCAGCAAAUGCCAAUUACAAUCCUGACAAAGCGAUCAUUACUGCUACCCAUUAUUUACUGCAGUCGUAUAUUGCUAUUGUUUCUAAAUCGGCAUCUUUUCUUCAAAGCAUCGAUUCGGCUAUUCUUAAAAAGAGUUUAGACAUAUCCAUUUUAUUUGUCAACGAGCCUUUUUUGACCUAUGAAAACCGAAUCCUUGCCGGAUUGUCGACUGCCACGCUUGUUGCGUAUUGGGUUCCAGAUCAGCUUUCCGAUUGGCUGGUUCGCACUACUACUGCAAUUGUCGACUCUUGUCAAGAUUUUUCAAAAUCUGAAGAUGCCACACUUAUCCUUUUAAAUGGAUUUUUGCAUGUAAUUCAGCCGCAACUUUUUGGAACUUUAAUGUUAGACUCUAAAACACAGAUUAUCCAUCGUCUCUAUAAUCGGGUUUUUGAAAGUAUUCAAUCUACCAAUGAGCCACAACUUCAUAUUUUAGCAUUUGGAAUAUAUACACGCAUUUUUGGUGUUUUGAAGGGUUUAAUCAAAACUGAGUUUUGGAAAUCUCAAGAACAAAGAGAUGCUAGCCAGUUUCUUAUAAAGAUGUGCUUUGAUUUAAUUUUGGAUCGCUGGGAGGAUCCUUUGAUGAUUAUCCAGCACAAGCUUCAAGAUCUUUUUAUUGCGGUGCUCUCGUUUGUUUGUCCAGGAAAAAAAUUGGUUCCUGAACUUGAAUACGAGCUAAAUACCAUGAUCAAAAAACUCAUUUCUUUAGACUGGCAUAAAAAGGCAAAAUAUGACCUUCUUUCAAUUAUCAUGCACGAAGCACCUGCUAGAAAUCAUGUUAUUUUAUCCAAAGGAGUAUUGGAGCGAGGACUGUCGUUGCUGAGCAAUCAUAUCCUUGGGACUUCAGUAACACAUUUUGUUUAUCAAGCUCUUGUUGCAGAACUCAAGAACAAUAGUACAAGCUGGCCAGAUCUUAUUGUGCAAGCUAUACUUACAGGAGAUACCAAUGUUCGCAAACUACUGAGUGAAAGGAUCAUUCCCAAACUUUCGAAAUUUAAACCUUCCAGCUUGAGUUUAAUUCUUCAGGCACUUGAACAACCUGCAUAUGCUAGCAAUCAAUAUGUGCUUUAUGCACAAGUGACUCUGUGGAAAUCGAUUUGUAAUAGUGGAUCCUUGAUCAUCCCAGAAGCAAAGAUCAAGAUCAAGGAAAUUUUGAACCACGCCAUUACACAUCCUGAUAUAGAUCUACGAUUUGAUGCACUCGAGCUUCUGACUUCCGGACGCCGUACCUCUGAAGAUAUUGAACAGAGCACAUACGAGAUUGUCAAGAUGUUUUUACAAGUAAACAUGUGCGUUCAAAGUUCUGAUUCAAGACAGCGCCUUCUUGCUCAAUUACAGCGAUUUUUUGAGCGCAUAAAAAAUGUCAUGUAUGCCAAUUUGCGCCAGAUUGCUAAUAAUAACCGCAUAUUAUCUUCAGAGGAAGCUGAAGUUGCCAACAAUGAAAUCAAUACGAGUGUUUCUGCUAAAGAAGAGUUUCUACUGUGGCUUCAAAGAUUUCUAAUGGCAUCGAUGUUUCCUGGUGCAUCUUUCCAAAGAGUAAAUCUAUCUUUAUCUGUAUUGAAGCUGAUGCGCCAAGUUGCUUCUUCACCCUUUGAUUCAAGCGCUACUUUUGCAAUUGCUGAAAAAGUUUCUAGCAAGUUUACACCGUGUAUUUCUGUCAGCAAUGCCCAAACGCUUUUUGCUAAAUUGGCAUAUGACACGUAUGAAACAGCUCGAUUGGACAUAAUCGAGUAUUUGGUUACUUCCGAUUCUCUUCCGAUCUUGAAUACUGUUGAAUUUGCAAACCAGACAUUUGACCAAGCACUUUCUAUGCUGCGUAGUCUUCGUGCUGCGGAUGUUGAACGUGGUGUAUUUUUGGUUCUUUUCCUAUUUCGGAAUAAUGUUCAAUCUCAAAGGCAAACAUUGAUAAUUGAUCCAAAGCACUACAGCGAUGAGUUUUCUGCAAAUGAUAUGGUUUCAAACAUUGAUCCAACAUUAUCUAUUUUGCAUAGUUUAUCAAAUAUUCUCAACCACCACUUGUCAAUUGCAACUAAUAGUCUGCUAGUAUCAUCAGAAAAGUAUCCUCUUAACGGAUUUCUUUCGUGUAUUGGAAACAUCUUGAAAUCCUGCAAUUUGAGUCAGCAAUUUGGCAAUGAAUGGAAAGCACAGCUUGAGAGCAUUAUAAACAUGUGCUUCCAAGCAUGUCGAUGCACUGUUGGGGUGUGCUCUGAUUUAUCUCCUGAAGGUAAUAUUCCUGAGAAUUUUGCCCAGGCACAGGAUGAAAAUGACGGUAUUACUGUUGAGUUUGUUGAGAUGACUCGGAAAACAAAAACGGACGCGGCAGCCCAGAUUAUUCUUCGUCACUGCUUUCGUACUAUAAAAGAAGCUACCUUUGUGCUGGAAUCGCUUGUUUGCAAUACAAUUUUACCACAAACCACCAACGAUUCGACGACCUUAUUAUCUUAUAAGCAUGUUCAAGAAAUUGGUGAAUUAUUAUGUUCACUUUUGUCACAGAUUCGCCAUCGUGGAGCUUUUUCAGCUGUUCAUUCUAGUUUUACAAGCAUUGCACACCAACUUUUGAUGGGUUCGUCUCAAGAUUUAGCUGCUUUGCCUAGAAACUGGCUUGAGGGUUUCAUGGCUCAAGUUACUAGUGUUCAAGUAUCCGUUACUCGUCGAAGUGCAGGUCUUCCUUAUGCCGUUUUGGCACUUCUCAGCCCUGCUGGUCCAUCACAGGAUUAUUUUUUGAAUUAUACUAUUCCAAAGCUAUGUGAAAUUGUGAAUCAGCCGAUUGGUCUAGAUCGUAGUCAACAGAUUGAUCACACACAGGUUCACGCUUUUAAUAUCCUUAGAACUGUUUUUCACGACUCGGAACUAAGCCACAAAGUUCGCCGUUAUUUGGGUACAUGCUUCAUUCUCUGUAUUCAACAAUUUUCUUCGCCUUUGUUUCCUAUUCGAAACUGUGCUGCAAUGCUUUUUGCUUCGCUUCUUGGAAAAUGUUUUGGUGUUCAGGCAAAACAGUUCGAGGUAGCAGUGGCAGAGCUUGAAAAGGGGACUGUUUAUCCACUUUUGUACCCUAUCCUGACUGUUCUUGCACGUCUCAAAUACACUAGCAAAUCCGCGGAAAAGGGAUCGCUUUUUAGCCUGAUGCCAUUUGUAAAACUGGUCCGUCGUUGUGCUAAUGCUCGGCUUUGGGCUGUUAGAGAAAUGGCCGCUCGUGUCACUGAAUCGUUGCUUCCAAAACAAGAAGUUUUGGCUAUUGUUUCUGAAGAUGUAAAACUUCUCAGAACGUGUUCUGCAAAUCAAGUACACGGCAUACUGUUGCAAGCGCGCUCUCAUCUGGCAACAUACUCUACUUCUGAAGUGACCACAGCUGAUCUAGAAAAAAUGAUUCCAGCUAUUUUUGAAAUUAUCAAGAAUAUGAAUGUCGAAUGGCUCAUCGAUACUCGGCAAUUUAUCUCUGCGUCUGUUGUUAUGGAGAUUGCGUCUACAUUUACAUUUGCGUGCGAUCGCGCACAAAUUAAUUGGAGAAACAAUGUUGAUGUGCAAGCAACGGCCCAAAAUUUAGUUGAAGCAUCCAGCCAGAUACUCUCUGCCAAAUUGCUUCUUCAGCAGUCAUUCUAUGGGUCUGCAGCUCUUGUCUUUGUUGGUAUGAUUCAAAAUCCACCAUUGAAACUAUCCAUAUCUCGUCUUUCUUCUCUAGUCAACUCUAGCAUUACUGAAAUUCAAAGAUCGACUCUCACUGCCUUGAAACACAUUAUUCUUCAUUGUGAUUUUACACUUGGCAUCGAUCAUGAGGAUAUGCUUAUUUGCUUGCUUGGUUCAGACAUUGCUGACCACGAAGCAUUACUUAUCACUGCCGAUAUAGUUGUUUACUUGUUUCAUGCCAAAAAGUGGCAAUCUUUUACUAGCCUUUUGAAAUUGCACAGUCAUUUUGCGGCAAGUUUCCACAAACCAUCGCUUGCUUAUGUUAUACAAGCGUGGUUGUCACUGAUGGGAAUUAACCUAAAACAUGCUGUUGCUACAAAAAACUCGAAUGUGGAUCGCAUUGCUUCACUAUUUAUCGAGUCUGUAGAGACGAUUACCGAAACUAAUCGACCAAUACAGAUCUCUCGUGCUUUGCUAGAAUCAUUUGAACUACUUGAAUGGUUGGAUUUGCUUGCCACAGUUGAUUCUGCCAUAUCAGUUCGGUUUCUGUUUGUUUUGGAUCAAUACUUGGGCGGCGAAGCCAAUGAUUUGCGAUCUAUGGCAGCCAAAUGCAUGGCUAAUAUUGCCAAUGAUGGGAAUGCAGUUGCAUCGCUUCCUGCUCGUUGGCUGUGUCGUUUAGAAAUGGUUCGACAAGCCAAUUCAGUCAAAACUUGGCAUCAAGUAUUAGAAUUCUUUAAAACCCCGCUCAUGUCUUCUAUAGAUACUGCGUCUGCACUUUCAUACAAAACAUGCAGCUUGGAUGUUUUGUUUGACAAAGAGCACCCCAAUUCACUUUUCGAAGAAUUGGGCGAUGUGAUCCUGAGCGGAGAGUCUCUUGUGGCCGCUUUCCAAUCUAAUAGAAUCCCAGCUACAUUAGCUAAUGAGAUCAGAUCUGCCUUGUCAGAAUUUGUUGAAAGGGGCGUGACAGCUUUGACAGCUUCCUCGAAUCUGCUAUGGUUGACUGCUGAUCCUGUGGUAUUUUCUGCUGUCGCUCGUACCAUUGCAUGUGCUCAUGUGUUGGAAUCAACCCACGUUUCUUUAAAUACACCUUUGUUCUCCAGUGAGCUAUGCAGUAAAUUACAUCCUCUUUUAAGCAAUCUUGCUGGACAUCACCAACGCGACAAUCUUGCCAAUACAAACAGCCAAGGAUGGCAGAUCUUUAGAUCAAUUAUUUUGGGUCCAGAUAUUAAAAAAUAGUCGAUUUUAUUUCAUAUGGAUCAACCAAUAAAGACUCGAGCAUCAC